CGAGCACCAUACGACGAGUACAAUGGCGACUUGCCGAAGAGCAUCUUCUCCAGUCGCCAGGGCUUAGAAACACUCAUACGUCGUUUGGUGGUGGGGAAAGGAUAUUAUAGUAAUAUUGAUUGGGUGGUAGGUACUGUAACAGGAAUAAUGGCGGACCCAGCAAAUUCCUCUCGAGUGAAAAAAGUUUCAAUACGCACCCCUUCCGGCACCAAAGAAAUCGAGGCUGCCUUAGUUGUCGAUUGUACCGGGCCUGCCCGUGUGGGGGUGAAAAUGCUGGAACGUGCGGGAUAUGGGAACGCUGAGUCCUACUCAAAGGGUACUCUUCCUCUCAAUGAACUUAAGGUCACGUACGACCAAAAAAUUCGAUACUCGACGUUUGAUUUUCCCAUUCCAUCCGACCUAGCAAAGCGGUUGCCUAUACCAGGUGGCUUUGAGGGCGGAGGUGCAGUCUAUGCGACACUCACCGAGCCUGGUAAGGAUAGGCGUAGCAUUUACGCUUCCAGAGUUGACGGUGACAGGCUUCAACUGUGUUUUGGGACGUGGGCGGACGACGACCUUCCUAGAACAUUGCAAGCGGCUAAAGAGUAUAUGAAUACCAUGGUUUUGCAAUUGCCCCCACCCGAAUGGUUUUCUGAGAUGUUGGACUUGCUCGCCGAAGUUGAAGACAGGAUGACGUUCAGUGUCGUUCAUGUUCCUCCCACAUCUUAUAUACGCUUCCAUCAAGCUGUCAGCCUUCCGUCAAACUGGGUUGCCAUUGGUGACUCCGUCAUGAGACUGAAUCCUGUAUUUGGUCAAGGUUGCAGCAAAGCACUAAUCGGUGCUAUCACUCUGAACACUGCUUUGCAUGAAGCGAAAGUUAAUGGAAAUGGUAUUCCAAGCAACUUUUCAAAGAGCUUCUUCAAAUUACAGCAGCCCAAGAUUGAGGGAUUUUGGGAGGGAACAAAAAAUUAUGACUACAGCUACGAUACCACAGUCCCCAUAACUGGUGAAACAUUGACUACUGGAUCUAUUCUUCGUUGGUAUAUGCGGAGACUUCAGACCCUUGCAUUAACGGACAAGCAAGCAAACUCCGCAUUCUGGCAUUCCGGAAUGAUAUUGUCACCUGGUAUCACAGUCUUCCAGCCACUUAUUGUCAUGAAGAUCCUGUGGAGCCUUGUAGUUCAGCGCUGCACUUGAGUAUGGUUUUUAUCUAACAAGUCCAAGUCAUCAAGUAAACCAGAUAGUUUCUGCCUUAAAUUCUCUUUAAAGCAAUAAAGUAUAUUU